UCCCAAUGCUUGCUCUGCUUUAGUUUACUUUGCUCUGUCUUGUGCCCUUUUUGGUCAUUUCAAUAUUCUCUUCUUCUAAAACUCAAUCAAUCGUCUCUUCCUCUCUCUCUCUGACCGUUUCUCCUCCAGCUCUCAAUUUUUUCUCUCAUCAGCCUCUUACUCUCUCUCCUCUUUCGUUUAUUGCCUUUGACGAAUCUGUUUAUUGCUUGUAAUUUUUUCAAGUAGGCUAAAAAGAACAGAGAGAUCUAAUUUGGGUUUAAGCAGAGGUUUUCUUUCUUCAGAUUUACUUUACAAUGAAGUGAGAACUUCAAAAAUAAACAAAGAGAAAGCAGAAAAAAAGCUUGGAACUUUCGCAAGUUUCGUAGGUUUUAUCAAAUCAAAGAGCUCGGAAUUUGUGUGGAUGAAAAUGCCUUAAGGGUCUGUUUGGUUACCUACAGAGCGUCUAGACCGCUGCUGGUAGUGCGUUUAGAAUCACAAUGAGACAUAGGUUGUGGGUCUUGUGUCUGCUUGUACUAAAUGUGUUUGGUGGGUUUGUCAGGCUUUGAGGUUGUCCUGUUGUUUCAAAUGGUUAGAAAUCAAAAUUUUACCCAUACAUUUGGUUUUAAGAUGGAGACUGUGAAACCAAUGGGUGUUGCUCCCAAGGGUAAAAUCAGACGCACGUUUGCUAAAGUUCUUAACAUUCAUAAGCUAACGGGUGUUGCUCCAGAAAAGGAAAUGAAGAAGAUAAAGUUCGAUUCCAAGAAUGCGAAUUUGUCCGAGUCUUUCUACAAGCUUGAGGAAGAGUAUGAAAGAAGUCUGGCAUUGGAGGCUCUUCUUGCGAAGCUGUUUGCUUCGGUUUCUUCCAUCAAAGCAGGUUAUGCGCAGCUACAGCAUUGUCAGUCUCCAUAUGACGCAAUUGGUAUUCAAAAAUCAGACAACUUGGUGGUAGCAGAGCUCAAGUCUUUGUCUGAGCUGAAACAAUGUUUCUUGAAGAAACAGGCGGAUCCGAAUCCCGAGAGAACUCUGGUUCUCGCAGAGAUUCAAGAGCUGAGGAGUCUAUUGAAAACAUAUGAGAUAAUGGGGAAGAAGCUUGAGUCUCAGUAUAAGCUCAAAGACUCAGAGAUUCUGUUUCUGAGAGAGAAGCUUGAAGAAUCGAUGAAGCAGAACAAGUUGAUAGAGAAGAGACUUAAUCAAAGCGGACAACUUUGCAAUCCUUUAGACAAUCUUCACCUAUCAGCGCUAAAUCCAACACAUUUCGUUACUUAUCUGAACCACACUGUCAAAUCCAUCAGAGGAUUCGUCAAGCUAAUGAUCGAGCAAAUGAAAGUCGCGGGAUGGGAUAUUUCAAUGGCAGCUGAUUCGAUCCAUCCAGGUGUGUUCUACUACAAGCAAGACCACAAGUGUUUCACUUUCGAACACUUUGUCUCCAAUGUAAUGUUCGAGGCGUUUCAUCUACCAUACUUCUCAACUUCCACCUCAACAGAAUCAAGAAGCUACAAGAAGAAGAAGAAACAGAGCAUAGCAGAGAGGGAAAUGUUGUUUGAGAGGUUUAUAGAACUCAGGUCGAUGAAAUCCAAGGACUACUUAAAGGCACGGCCUAAAUCGAGGUUCGCUAGGUUUUGCAGGAUCAAGUACUUGCAGCUUAUACAUCCAAAGAUGGAGCAAGCUUUCUUUGGCCAUUUGCAUUUGAGAAAUCAAAUUUCUGCUGGUGAAUUCCCGGAGACGAGUUUAUGCUCUGGAUUUCUUGAAAUGGCGAAAAGGAUAUGGCUUCUGCAUUGUUUGGCUUUCUCGUUUGAAACUGAAGCUGAGAUCUUUCGAGUACCUAAAGGUUGCAGAUUCUCUGAAGUGUAUAUGAACAGCGUAGCUGAAGAAGCGUUUUUCCCGGCGGCGGAUGGUUCGCCGGAAUCUGAGCCGCGUGUCGCAUUCACGGUGGUUCCAGGGUUUAGGAUUGGAAAAACUUCAAUACAAUGUGAGGUCUAUCUCUCGCUCUCGCCGGCCGUUCAAAGAAUAUAAAACGGACGGUAAGAAUUUCUCGGGCGGUGGUGGGUCCUGAGGGGUGAUUUGGUAUUUCAUGGGGUAUUCUUUGGAAACCGGAGAAAAUUUGUGGGCCGUUGGAUCUGUAGUAGCAAUGUAGUGUGGUCUUGUGUCAAUGUUUUCUCUGUCUUUUCAGUUUUGUCGAUAUUAGUGCAGAGGAAAACAGAGGCAUCUUUUAGCUGUUGUCCAUUGAAUAUUUAUCUCCUUUUCCUAAUAUAAUAUGUAAAUAAAUAGUUUAAGAUUUCCUGAUUUGUAUUAUCUUUAUCUUUUUAGCCUACUUGGAAAAAAUAAAAAAUAAAGAAGCGUAAUGUUUGGAAUGCUGAA